UUCUUACCAGCAGUAUUGAUUUAUAGUAAUGCGUGAAUAUUAAGGUGAUAGAUACGUGACAUUUCAAUUUUGUGAAAAAAAUUAAUGGACUUACAUGCAGAUCAUAUGGAAAAAGUAAGUUGAUCCAAAAUAUGCGUUGGCAGAAAAAUAUACAUUUUGAAUGUAGAAAAAUCUGUAUCUAUAAAAAUAGCCAAAACAGUCAUAGAUUCCCUUUCUUUCCUUUUCCCUUUGCUAUUUCCUUUCCUUUCUUUUUUUACUGUGAUGGAGUAGCACAAAAUGAACACUUGUAAGUACCACCCCAGUCAAGAAGAGAACAUUGUCAGCCACUCUGUAGCCUGCACUAAGUCUGCUUGGACACUGUCUUUUCUUCCCUUCAAGGCAUCGGCUGUCCUGGAAGAAAUACUUGUGUUGGCUGCAUUUCCAGGAAUGCUACCAGAGCUCAAGGCUGUCACCUGAUCUUGCCCAGAAGAGCCAUUCUUAGAGGCAGGACUUGAUGAAGGCUUUCCUGCUGAUGGAAUAGGUUUGCUAGAGCUGGCCUUGGAAUUAGAACCCUUCAUGUGGCCUUUAUAAAUAUGUGUUUGAGACAGAGUUAUAUGCAGAAGUUGAAAAUGCCUGGAAGAUUUCUGGUUUCUUUCACUACUUGUCCUGCCUUUUUGCGUCGCUGCCAGAUUUGGAUGAUAUGAUAUUCAGAGGGGCACCUUAAUCAAAGCCAUUCUUCAAGAAGACCCACCUGGCAUAAGAUUGCACACAUAAUUCAAGAUGGCCAGUCAACCUCCCGAAGACACUGUGGAGACUCAGGCCUCUGAUGAGCUGGAGUGCAAAAUCUGUUACAAUCGAUACAAUCUGAAACAGAGGAAACCCAAAGUGCUGGAGUGUUGUCAUAGGGUUUGUGCCAAAUGCCUCUACAAGAUCAUAGACUUUGGGGAUUCCCCACAAGGUGUCAUUGUCUGUCCUUUCUGCAGGUUUGAGACGUGCCUGCCAGAUGAUGAAGUUAGUAGCCUGCCCGAUGACAACAACAUCCUUGUGAACUUGACUUGUGGAGGCAAAGGGAAGAAGUGCCUGCCAGAGAACCCCACUGAGCUGCUGCUCACCCCCAAGAGGCUGGCCUCUCUGGUCAGUCCUUCUCACACAUCCUCCAACUGCCUGGUCAUAACCAUCAUGGAGGUGCAGAGAGAGAGCUCCCCGUCCCUGAGCUCCACUCCUGUGGUAGAAUUUUAUAGGCCUGCGAGUUUUGACUCUGUCACCACUGUGUCACACAACUGGACUGUGUGGAACUGCACAUCCCUGCUGUUUCAGACAUCCAUCCGGGUGUUAGUGUGGUUGCUAGGUUUGCUCUACUUCAGCUCCUUACCCUUAGGAAUCUACUUACUGGUGUCUAAGAAAGUCACCCUUGGGGUCGUCUUUGUCAGCCUGGUCCCUUCGAGCCUUGUUAUUCUUAUGGUGUAUGGUUUUUGCCAGUGUGUUUGUCAUGAAUUUCUAGACUGUAUGGCACCUCCUUCUUAACUGAUAUGCAAAAUAAGAAAUUGGACACACAUUGCCCUGUUUGAGUGUGAAGUUAGAUAAUUUAUAAUUUAUUUUCUUUUAUGUUCUUUGUGAUUAGUGUCCAUGACAUUAACAAAGCCCUUGGCCAUAUGUUGACUUGAUUGGUUUUCCUGUAGGCUGGAAGUAAAAAUGUUCAUUUCUAUUUAGGGGUUAGCAAAAUUGUAUAAGCUCACUCUUCACGGAGCACUGACAGCAGUGAGUCUUCCCAGAGAAAGGGCAGGGUUUCUGUUAGCACUGCCAAACAGACAGCAGGGGUGCAGCGUGUUAUGCUGUAGGGAGAGCAUGGAUCCCUCCUUUCGUAUUCAUGGAUGUUCUAGGAUGGCAGUUGGACACAAGAGGAAAGUUGCUCUGAGACACAUUCAUUUACAAAGUGUGUACUCCUUUCCCUCCCCAUAUUCCUGGUAUUGGAACACCCUGGAAUUGUCUUCAGGUGUUUUCUCUCUUAAGUCACUCUCUGUGGUCGGUGAUCCCACUGAGAUACUUGUUCCCUCUGCACAUUCUCCCUUGCCAAGAGGAAAGUCGGUUCCAUUCCCUUGGGUAGUUUCAACUGAAUACCUGUUUUGCCACAUUACUAAAGAGAAUGAAAAGCACUGAGGAAUUUGCAUCACAGUCAACUUCAUGGCAGAAUGUGGCCAUUUGUCCUUGAGACACACUCUUUCCUCCAUGUCUAUUUUCCUCUCCCCUCAGUCUUAUCUGAGAAGAAUGGAUGAGAAUGAACUUAUACAGCGGUUAUUAUUCAUGAAAACCUUCAUUUGAGUCUUUCCUUAUAACAUCUUAGUUUUGGUUUUUUUAAACUGCAUUGCCCAAUCAGCCUCACCCCUUGUCCUGAAAAGGUUCCAUUUAAAUUAGUUGCUAUAAAUUCAUAAAGACUUUUUUUCCCCAUUAUAUUUUUGGUUCUAUUAGGAUUUACUUAACUGAAUCUUAUAACAAUUCGAGGUGAACUGUGGCAAUGAAAACCAGAAACAGUUAAUGAGAUGCUUCAGCUCACAAUCUGAAGUGCUGAGAACCUAAAUAUUUUGCUGUACGGUACUGAGCUGUACCAAAAUAUGAUGGUUUAGGUUUAUGUUCAAGACUUUGUGUUGAGUCUAGACAAAGGGGUGGGCAAGAGACGUGCAAAGCUAAUGCCCUGCUUGAAAAGACCCUUCAAGGAAGUAAAAUGGCAGGGGCAGAGUGCAGCUCAUCAUGUUGCUAUCCCUGUUGUCUUUGAGUUGGUUUUGGAAUGGAUUCAAGUUCUUACACAAUUUAUUUUGAAUACAAGCAUAACCUAGGUGAUUUGAGUUAAUGAACUUCUUUUCAUGAGGUAGGGAAAGUUGAAUGUAUAUAUUUCUGAGAAGGAUUUGUUUAGAUUACAAGUUGGCAGAAUAGAAUGUUCACAGAAACUAGGCAAAAAUUUAAAAAAGCAUCCUAGUCUCUAAAACACAUUACUAAUGAUUAACAUUAAAAUAUUUGUAACUCUUAGAAAGGGGGCAUUACUAAGACGACUUUAACUUGUUAUGAAAACUUUGUUGUGUGAUGCAGGUACAGUGCACCCAUUCCAACUGGAAUAGCAGUUUGAUUUGAAUUGUAAAACUAAACUUUGGGAAUAUGUAUGCCCAAAGUAAGUAGGAUGAGAGUAGUAUACAUGAGAUAUGGUCCAAUGAAUUUAAGCCCCAAGAUACAGCUAAAUACAUUUAUGAUUUCAUAAAAUCUAGUUUAGAUAGCAUUGUGAUGCAAUUUCCAGAAAUCCAUUUGUGUUUAGAGUAAAUACCAUGUUUAGAAGAUGUUUUGUGGUUUGGAUUUAUAUAUUUAUAAGGUUUUUUUUUAAAAAAAAGUUCAUUUUGUUUGAAAUGUAACAUUGAGUAAAUUGGUAAGUUAUAUAAUGAGAUUUCUAGAAAGCUCUGGACAUGGGUACGAUGUGUUUUGCUUAUCUGUAUAAUGUCUACAGUGAUAAACUUGUGUCUCCGUGUGUUGUGGCAGUCUUUUUUCUAGUUAAUUUGGCUUUAAAGAGCAAUCUUUGUAUGACACCAGAAAACUCUUCAUGCUAUUGAAUGAAAAAAAGAUAAUGCUUUAAUAUUUUAUUCACUGUGAUACUGUUUUGUCUAUUAAAUUGUUAUUAUUUCCAAAUUUAGAAGUUUGAUUUCUCUGACUUAUGGUUAAAAUUCAGUUAUGACUUUGCACCCCUGUUAGCUUUAGAUAACGGCAAACAUGAACGUUCAGAAACGUUGGUUCAGCUAAUGCCUUUAGCAUGCCUAUGAAGACUCAGAACUUUCCAACAAAGGGGACCUAACCCAUCACACUUCUAAAAGGCCUUCAUAGUUUUUUUUUUGUUUUUUGUUUUUUUUUAAAGCAGGGGAGAAGAAUUAGGGGAGAUGAAAUAAAAAUACCGUCUUUAUAAAUAAAUUCUUUGGUUUUAGUUUGUUUGAUUUCAUUUCCAGGUUUUUGCCUAACUACUCAACAAAAUAGAAUCCAAUUUAGUUGGGAAAUCAGUUACCUUGUAUGGUCUGGGAAAAUUUUAAAAAUUACAUGGCAUCUAAAUAUGACCAUUGUUAGUUAAAGUAGAAAUAAUUUGGGAAUAUGCAGCAGUUUUAUGCUUAUCAUAAUUAGUGAAUUGGCAAGAAUAAUGGUUUCAUUCACUUCUGAAAUGUUUAUGUAAAUGAGCAAAGAAUCAGCUUAAAGAAAGCGGUUACCUGUAUUGGUUGUAACUUACAGAGUGAACUCAUGCAUAUCUGCCGAGAGACCUGAAAGUGAUGUGUAUUUGCCAGAUUGUAAACAGAUACUAGGCUUCGAAGACACCUUGAAGAAAUUUCUUAGUAUGUCAACCAGGUAGUCCCAAAGCCAAAUGAAUCCUGGUAUUGAUAGGCAAACUGAUAUAGCCAUUAUAAAUAUGAGCUCUGGAGUAGCUCAUAUUUAUAGUUCAUGAGAUACAGAUGAGAUGCAAAUGAGUUAAUCUGAGAGAGUAUAAUGCAAGCAAACUAUGAUUUUAUGUGUUUCUGCAUUUUUUGAGACUUGCUCUUUUUGACUACUCUUCUUGGUAAAAAAUACCUCCACUUGCCUUGAUGCCAUAGAAACACCACAUAUUAUUCUAGAGCUUUACUCAAAACCUGUGAGAGUCUUGAUAUGGUCCCUGAAAGAGUCUAACCAUUUGCUCUCCAAGUUAGGAAGAGUUUUGUGUGCUUUCUCCAUCUUUGCCCUUUUAUUAAAUUAUUCUCUCUACUUCAAUACCCUUUAUGAAUUUUUACUCCUUUGUGAGAAACUAUAGGCUUAGUAUUGGGUCUUUCCUUACACAUUUACUUUUGUGUAAAAGAGAUUUAAAAAAUGUGAAUAAAUGUUGACAUUUGAGUAAAUUCCAAAUGAGUCCUGGAGGUAAUACAGAUUCAACCCAGUUCCUGAUAUCAUUUCAUACUGUGGCAGACUCCAAAUCUGCAUAUACUCAGUGUACAGACAUUUAUGGUUCUGACGUGAAGGUGCUUUAAGCUUAUGAAUAAAAGAAUCAAAAAUUAAAUUA